AGCAACGCACACUUUCCUCUGCCCGCCAUACCUCCAAUCCAGACUAUCACUGACCAAACUGUCAAACCGGGUUUACUUGCGCCAAACCCGGCGGUAGAAUCGCCACCCCCUCCACAUGCUGCAACCAGAGUGGAAUUAAAGCUGUUCGAGCCGGAUGAACAACGCUGCCCGGAGUUUAACUACCCGGAUUUGAUCAGCACAAAGGAAACCCCUGAGAAAACAAAACAAACAUUCGACGAAGUGGUAGAAGACACAGUUAGAGAUGAACUGGAGGCACUUGCAAAAAAAUUUGAAGCCAAAUAUUGUUCUUGCUUAGGGUGGAGCCGGCAAAAGGAAAAAAGACAGAUUACAGGACCUGGUGGAUAUGGGCUUUGGUUACGAUGAGUCCGAUUCAUUCAUUGAUAACUCUGAGGCUUAUGACGAGCUCGUCCCAGCUUGUCUGACCACCAGAUAUGGAGGCUUUUACAUCAACUCUGGGACUCUGCAGUUCCGGCCAGCUUCUGAUGAAGGAGAGAACGAGAAUGAUUUUGAGGACAGUGGCCUUAAACCCAAGAAACGAAAGCUUAAGCAAGGAAAAGACAAGAAGAUAAUGAAAAAGAAAAGAGAUGAAUAUGGGCUUGCUAAGAAGGAUGAAGAGGAAUUCACAAAGAGCACCCCGCCAGAUAAAUCUUCUGCAAAGAAGAAGAAAAACAAGAAGCCAUUAAGUAUCGAUAAGAUGCUGAAGAAGUUCCAUAAGGAGAAGCUUCAGCAGAUGAAGGAGUUUAAUUCUAGAGAGAAAGAACUGCAUUCUCUCAAUGCCAUACACGCAGGACCCGCCAUACAAGCGGAGAUUCAGGAAGCACACGUUUCAUCUGACCCUCUUUUCUCACUCAUCGGCUCUGCCAGUGCAGACGACCUUCUGCAAGCAGUCAAAGCAGCAGAGCAAGACUUUGACCUGGAUGAUCUGUUAGGCGAGCCGCAGAACAUCUGCCCUCCAGGUUUGGAGGAGGUGAACGGAGAGGCUCUGGUAGUGUCUGUCGCUGAGAAACCACCUGCAUUACUUCCCGAUGGUCUACCGCCUAUGCUAGAGCAACACAUUAAGGACAUUUCACAGGCUGCCAAGAACAUUGAAGGACAGAACAAGAUGGAGAUUUUGUCUUCAGAACUCAACAGUGUUUUACUAGAUGUGGAAGUAAACUCUAAGCAGCUUGGUGGGAAAGUGCGUUCCAGAAUCUUCUCCUACUUGGCAUCACAGCUGUCCUGCAGCAAAGGCACACUGGUUAAAAGAGCCAAAAAGCUCCACAGUCAACAGCAGGUUUUGAGAACUGCAUGACACCUUAACACUAAAAUAAAUGAAUUCAAUGUUGACAAUUUCUUA